UAAAAACCAAAUUUUAAAUAAAAAAGUAAUAAUUUUCUCUCAUUAUUAUUUUUAAAUUCUAAAUAUAUUGUAGAGCUUUGGAGACAAGGCGGACGCUGGGAAGAACCAAUAUCUAUAGUUGUUCGGAUCUGAGGAUUUUACAGGAAUCUAACAGAGGACUGCCAAAAUGGGGGGAGGAAUGGAGGCAAACAAGAACAAGUUCAUAGAGGAGUGGGGCGCUGCAAGAGAGAAUCUUGAGCACAACUUCCGUUGGACACGCCGCAACUUUGCCCUUAUUGGAUUGUUUGGCAUUGCCAUCCCAAUCUUCGUCUACAAGGGUAUCGUCAAAGAAUUUCAUAUGCAAGAUGAAGAUAACGGUAGACCGUACAGGAAAUUUUUGUGAGCAUCUAGUGAAAUGCUUUAGAACAAUGUUUUCAAGUGCUAACAGAGUUCCAUUUCCUGGUAUGAAUAUACUGUUUGCACCAUUAAAAUUUGUGUCAAAGUGAUGUUUACAGGCCAGUUUACUUUGUUUUGGAAUUGUACUUUGCCAUUUGCCAUCUAACUUUGCCCUUUGUAUUAAUUUUGUCCAUCUUGAUUCGUUUUAAUAUUGACACCAAGACUAUUGUCAUCAUAAAGAGUUUCGAGGUGUCUUUUCUCUUUGUUUAUGAGUAAAUAAAAGGAUAGAAAUUUGUUUCUUGUU